GUAGAAGAAAAUACGUCCCCCCCGCCCCCUCUCUCGUUAUUCGGAUUGAUUUGGAGGGCUAACUAUCUGCUACUUGUUAGUGUGUAACACCAGCAAGUGGGCCAAGUUCUUACUGUUUCCGGAAACAACAGAGGACAAGCUUUUUUACUGUUUCAAUCCAAAGAUAUGACACACUUUUGAGUGACGUUAACCUGAAGGAAAGGUGUUCUUGCAGACUCCACAUCAGCUGUGAUCGCACACGUAUGCCCAGCCUGAUCAUGGAGCGCAAGAGAAAAAUCCUGCAGAGCAUCCUCGAGGAUGGCAACACCAUAGACCUAACAAACUCGGGCCACUUCUGCUUCAGCUGCGAGCAGAUCUUUGCCAAUCAGAAAUGCCUCGAGGAGCACAUGUGUCCCCUGGCGAGUUUCAUCUGCUCCUGUGGAACGGAGUUUACCGAGUACAAAGACAUGCUGGAGCACAGCACGACACACGAACCUGGGCAUCAAGUGCUCGAUCAUAAAACGAUCCGAAAGCGAAGGAUCGAGAAGUACAGGGAAGAGGAGGAGAAGCUGAAAAGGUUGCAAGACGGUGAGGUUGUCUGGAAGGCACCUAAUGAGGGCAGUGUACCCUCAGUUUCCAAACUUCAAGUACCCAAUUCUUCAGGUCCCCCUUCUUGUGUUCCUCCACAAACAGCGCAGAUUCCACAAGUGCCUGAGUUGCUUUCAAACCCUCUCCCCCAAGCUGCAGCCGUGCAGAACAUCUUCGCAGAUGUUGGUGCACCAACUGUGGACCUUUGGACGCUUUAUCAGCCCGUUGUACUGUUGCAAACAAUGACAAAUUUCAGAAAGACACAGCCAUACACUUGUGGUAAAUGUGAGCAGGGGUUCAUGUCAAAGGUGGCCCUAAUUUCCCACCACAGCUCGCAUGUGGCAGAUAAAGUCUCCGGCUGCAUAGGAUGCGGGUUGCUACUGUCGAGCAAAAAGCUAGUGCCUCGAUUUCACAUUUGCAACUCCAGCUAUCAGAGCAAGUAUCGACUCAUCACCGCGAAACCGUUGAGUUACAAGCCCCGAAGUGGAGCCAGUCCUAAAAAGAAUCAGCCUUCGCGUCCACCUCAGGUUGUUUUCGCUCAGCAGCUGGAAAACCAAAAUCCAAGUGAAGCUGGAAAGAGGAGUCGGCUACUUCUGGCCGCGGUCGCAAAGAAGAAUCAGAACAUCAGAACAUACAACAAUAACGCCAACCGAGUACCGACCAUCACUGCUCCUUUGCAGUUGAAGAGUCAGAAUGCCACGGCGUCCAAGCCUUACUCUGGUGUUUCCAUCACAGCGAAGACUCCAAACACCGGCGCGUUCAGUCCGGGCGCUCAGAGGGAUCGCGUCAGUCCUGCUGCGGUGCAGAAGGCGUCUGAGGACCCCUCGUCGCAGGGCAACUUCACCUGUCGGGUCUGUCAUCUUCCGUUUGAAAGCUCCCAGCGGCUCCAGAGGCACAAGUGUGUCAAGGCCCAGGAGUUCAUGGCGAAGCACAUGAUUGGUGGCAAACGAGAUUACAAAAUUGUAAAGGUAACACCAAGCGCCCCGCAAAUGAACGGUGAGAGGAAGCUGGGAUUUCCCCCUGCUGCCAGCAUAAAGAAGCCCCAACACACGCCUGUCAGCCUGGAGAAGGUGAAGACAUCGACCCCCGUCAACGGAGGCGCAGGAGGGGAGUCUGAUGAUGACUGUUUCAUUGUUGAGAGUGGACCUGAAAAACCCGCUGAGAUGAUUUAUCAAGUAACCUCAUCAGUCCCCAUAAAGAGUUGACUAGUGGUGUAGUGCAGCACAUUAUGUUUGCAUGUCACUGUUUUAUGUUGAUUACCAAAAAUCAACGUAUUUCAUCACACGGGGACUACAUGCUUCUGAGCUUUCCUCAAACUGCUUUAGGAGUAGGGAAUAGUGGUUCAAAUGCUUCUUUCAUAAGCCAGCUACCUUUUUCUAAUAAAGUAAAUAUUCAUGUAGACUGUUCAGGAGUUUGAAGUUGCUGCCCCUCGAAAUGGGAAUUUGUGUAAAUUAAGUUCCUCUUCAUGAUAUAUGUGCAUGGUUCAUCCACUGUAGAUGGGGAAACCAGGUACUGUGUAAAAGUUUUGUUUUCAAUCAGGUUUUUAGUCGGGUGAGUUUGUUGUUGAAGCUGUGGGACUGAAACCUUUAUUCCUUGUGUGUUCCUACCAGCUUUAUGAAUACAGUAUAUGAUGUAAUAAAGUAUAUUUUCAAACUUGU